AUGCUGGGUGUCAAAGCUGUGAUUGCUUCCAGCUUCGAACGUAUUCACCGCAGUAACUUGAUCGGCAUGGGCGUGCUUCCUCUGGAAUUCCCCAACGGAUCGUCCUGGGAAUCGCUCAGCCUGACCGGCGAAGAAACCUACGACAUCUACUUGCCGGAUGAUCUCAAGCCAUUGCAGAAGGUCACCGUCUCGGCCAAAGCUGCUGACGGCGAAGUGACGACGUUCGACGCAACCGUGCGAAUCGAUACGCCGGUCGAACUCGACUACUACCGCAACGGUGGUAUCCUGCAAACGGUCUUGCUGAAAUUGUUGAAGGACUCGAAGUAA